AUGAAGAAAGGAGUGCACCCACAGAUGCAAUGGAUCUCUUAUGUAACACAGAGCGGUAGAUUGAUGCACGUCAUGAUGACAAGAAUCCAACAUGUUGGUAAAGUCUAUCACUUUGGAGCUAAGCGUCAAAUGGCUCAAAGUAUUGGUCAGAUUGCCAAGUUCAAGCGUAGGUUUAACGAGCAAGAGGCAGAAGCGGAUCAAGAGAAUCACAACGAGAGCCAGAAGAAGUAA